AUGUCUGUACUGCUCAGCCCCGUCUUCCCUCCCUUCUUCACCGCUCCCUCUUUCUCUCCCUUCACUUCCGCUUCUGCUGCUGCUGGUACACACGCCCUGGCCCCCGCCUCUUCGUCCCUCUCCUCUACUUCUGCUGCUGCAAGUACACCCACUCCUGCCCCCACCUGCUCGUCCUUCUCCUAUGCUUCCGCUGCUGCUGGUACGCACGCCCAGGCCUCCUCGGGCCCAUCGGGCUGGGGCACCUCCCUCGGGCAUCUUCACGCUCCCCCCAGCGCCUCUCUGCAUUUUCCCGACGCUUCUCUCUCCUUGCAGGGGACCGCUCCUGGUACCGCCGCACUCUGUCCUCUCGCUGUGGCUCCUUCUCUGCUGCCCUCGAGACUUCUGGUGACCGCACACCUUCUCUCUUGCCUCGCCUGUCCUCCUCGCGCUCCCUUUCUCUCUCUGGUGAGCGCCACCCGCCUCUUUCCUCGUAAUCUCCGCGCUCUUCCCAGCCUCGGUGCUCCUGAUCCCGUCUUCCCGUUUCUCCUUCCCUUCCUGCCUCUUCACCUCGCUGGUAUUGCUCUCCUUCGCCCCUCCUCACACGUCUCUCUCUCUCGGGCCACCUUCUUGCUUCUCCGCCUGUUUCCUUUGCAGCCCUCCUCUCUGCCCGCAGGUGUUCUUCUGCUUUCUCACGACGCGCUCCAACAUCAGCCUCUGAGGCGCUGGGUGACGAACGUUCGCUACCCCUGCCUCGCGCCUUCCCCUGCGGCCGCUGCCUCCUUGCUGGCGAGUGCUGAACGCGCCUUCCUUCGUAAUCCUCGUCCUCCUCCUCUUCCGACCACUGUGGCGAUCUCAUUCCUCCCAUCGCCAAACGCCUCCUGCCCGCCCGGCUUUGUCCUGGCUCGGGCGAACGAUACACGCCUGCUGGCGCAGCACGGCUCUUCUCCUCCUCCCCUCGCUCCCUUGACAAGGGCUCAGCUGCUUUGCUCCUGCUGCGCCUCGCUUCACCUCCACGCGGUCCCUUGGGCGAGUGAUCUGCCGCCAUGUUCCCCUGGCGUUUCGCGCCACUCCAGCGCAUCUCCUCUGGCGCACGAUCUGCAUCCGCGACGCGCGGACGAUAAGGAGGAGGCGUGGGUGCCGGUGACUAAGCUCGGGCGGCUCGUGAAGGAGGGAAAGAUUAAGUCGAUCGAGCACAUUUACCUCUUUUCGCUGCCGAUUAAGGAGCAUCAGAUUGUCGAGGCUUUCCUGCCGACUCUUAAGGACGAGGUGAUGAAGAUCAUGCCCGUGCAGAAGCAGACACGCGCCGGGCAGCGUACGCGUUUUAAGGCGUUCGUCGUCGUCGGUGACUGCAACGGUCACAUCGGCCUUGGCGUGAAGUGCGCUAAGGAGGUGGCCACCGCCAUCCGCGGCGCGCUGAUCCUCGCGAAGCUGUCCGUGAUUCCCGUGCGACGCGGGUACUGGGGUAACAAGAUCGGCAAGCCGCACACCGUGCCGACCAAGGUUACCGGGAAGUGCGGCUCGGUCACCGUGCGACUCGUGCCCGCGCCGCGUGGUUCCGGGAUUGUGGCGGCGCGCGUGCCGAAGAAGGUGCUGCAGUUCGCGGGUAUCGAGGACGUGUUCACGUCGUCGCGCGGGUCCACGAAAACGCUCGGCAAUUUCGUGAAGGCCACGUUCGCCUGUCUGCUCAACACAUACGCCUUCCUGACGCCCGACCUGUGGCACGCCACCAAGUUCACCAAGACGCCCUUCCAGGAGUUCACUGACUUCCUCGCCAAGCCCCACAAGCUCGCGCUCCCCACCGCCGUGCCCGAUGCCUUCGCUGCCCCCCCUCCUGCUGCUGCUGCCCCUAGGUCACUCACCAAGACGCCCUUCCAGGAGUUCACCGACUUGCUCUCCAAGCCCCACAAGCUCGCCCUCCCCGCCGCCGUGCCUGAUGCCUUUGCUGCCCCCACUCCUGCUGCUGCCGCCCCUGUUCCUACUUUCUAG